AUGCCAGGCAAACAGCCGGAGACUGAGCCAAUAGAGGCCUCCGAGGGUGGCGCCGAGGACAGCCUGGGUGGCCUCACGGCAGAGGAGCUGCAGCAGGGCCAGGAGGCAGCGCUGGCGCUGGAGGACAGGAUGGCGCUGAGCGCGCAGACCCUGGUGCACGCGGAGGUGGAGCAGCUCUACCAGGAGGUUCGGCCCCUGGGCCAGGGCCGCUUUGGCCGUGUGGUGCUGGUCACUCACCGGCAGAAAGGUUCAUCCCUGGCGCUGAAGCAGCUCCCGAAGACCUCCACAUCCCUGCGUGGUUUCCUGCACGAGUUCUGUGUGGGCCUCUCGCUGGGUACCCACCCGGCCAUCGUGGCAGCCUACGGCAUCGGCAUCGAGUCUGCCGGCUCCUACAGCUUCCUCACAGAGCCUGUUCUUCACGGGGAUCUCAUUGCCUUCAUCCAGCCCAAGGUGGGGCUCCCACAACCUGCAGCCCAGCGCUGUGCAGCACAGCUGGCUUCAGCCCUAGAGCACAUCCAUGCCCGCAGCCUGGUAUACCGGGACCUGAAGCCGGAGAACGUGCUGGUGUGUGACCCGGCCUGCCAGCGCGUCAAACUGGCCGACUUUGGCCACACACGGCCCCGUGGGACCCUGCUGAGACUGACCGGGCCGCCCAUCCCCUACACCGCCCCUGAGCUGUGUGCCCCACCACCGCUGCCCGAGGGGCUACACAUCCAGCCAGCCCUGGACGCGUGGGCCCUGGGUGUCCUGGUCUUCUGCCUCCUCACUGGCUACUUCCCCUGGGACCAGCCCCUGGAGGACACAGACCCCUUCUAUGAGGACUUCCUUGUGUGGCGGGCCUCAGGUCAGGCCCAGGACCGGCCUCAGCCCUGGUUUGGCCUGGCACCUGCAGCUGAUGCCCUGCUGUGGGGGCUGCUGGAUCCUCACCCACGAAGGAGGAGCCCCGUGGGUGCCGUCCGGGGCUACCUGGGGAGGCCCUGGCGACAGAGGGCUGGGGAGGCCUCUGGGCUGGAAGUGGAAGCUGGGGAGGGCGGGCAGUGA